CUUACUCUUAUCCAAAAACUGCUUUUCUAAUCUUCUUACUCAUAAAAACACAUUCAUUUUUAGCUUUACAAUAAUAUACUAAUUUAUAUUAACCAAAUACUUUCUUUCCUUCUAAAAUCCUACUUUAUAACUUAAAUACUCACCUCUCCUUCAUUUCAUAUUGACCUCAUCACUACACUCACCACACCAACUAAUCUUCUAUCUCAAACCAACAAUUGAUCUUCAAAAAUAGCCCAUUAAAGCUCUGAACCCCUCCAAAUAAAAUAAAAUGAACACCAUUUUCAUUAUCUUCCUAAUUCUCUCCUCUCACUUGAUAAUAAACUACAACCCCCAACUUUUAGUCUCAUGUCAAAGCCGUAGUAAAAUACCAUUCGUCAGCAGGCAGUUAGGGUCAUGGCAUCUUUUGCAAGAAAGCAUUGGCAUUUCAGCCAUGCACAUGCAGCUCCUACGUAACACCAAGGUCGUCAUCUAUGAUCGCACCGACUUCGGCCCUUCCAACCUCUCCCUCGGUGGCGGCCGGUGCCGGUUCGAUCCUUUGGACACCGCCCUUCAGAAUGAUUGCACCGCUCACUCGGUCCUUUACGAUCCAGUCCUCAACACUUUUCGACCUCUCAUGCUCCAAACCGAUUCUUGGUGCUCCUCGGGAUCUGUUCUUCCGAACGGGACCCUAGUCCAAACCGGCGGUUUCAACGACGGCGAUCAUGUUAUUCGCACAUUUAGUCCUUGCAUGGAUGAAGAGAAUUGUGAUUGGAUUGAGACUCCAAACUACUUGGCUCAACGAAGAUGGUAUUCUACCAAUCAAAUAUUGCCUGAUGGUCGGAUAAUUGUAGUCGGAGGAAGGCGGCAAUUUAACUAUGAAUUCUUCCCCAGGAACCUGGGAGACCCUUCUCUUAUGUGGCUCAAUUUCCUAAGAGAAACUUCGGAUUCCGAUGAAAAUAAUCUGUACCCGUUUCUUCACUUGUUACCGGAUGGAAACCUGUUCAUCUUUGCCAACACGCGGUCCAUAUCAUUCGAUUACAAUCAGAAUCGUAUUGUUAAGGAGUUUCCUCCGAUUCCGGGUGGUGAUCCUCGGAACUAUCCGAGCUCAGGCUCCUCUGUUUUGCUUCCAUUAGACGAGAACAAAGAAUGUGUUGAGGCUGAGAUCAUGAUCUGCGGGGGAGCACCACGCGGCGCGCAUCGGCUGGCUUUGGAAGGAACCUUUGUGGAGGCCCUCAGCUCAUGUGGGAGACUGAUUGUCAGUUAUAAUGAUCAAAAUCCUAGUAAUUGGGUUAUGGAGGACAUGCCCCUGCCUAGGGCUAUGGGCGACAUGGUAAUUUUACCCUCAGGCGACGUGAUCAUAAUCAACGGUGUCGGCCAAGGCACUGCCGGGUGGGAAUUGGGGCGGGACCCAGUGAUGGCACCCUUAAUUUACUGCCCGAAUGCGGAGCCGGGCCACCGCUUUACCCUCAUGGAAUCGUCGUCGCGGCCGAGGCUAUACCAUUCCACGGCGAUUCUACUACCCGAUGGGCAGGUUCUCGUCGGGGGUAGUAACCCUCACGUUUUCUACAACUUCACCGGCGUCGAGUACCCGACAGAAUUGAGCCUCGAGGCAUUCUCGCCACCGUACCUUUCGGCGGAGAACGGGCUAGUGCGACCCAAAAUUCUAGCGGCCACCGGGGUUUUCGGUUAUGGCCAGUUCUUCUCGGUGGUGUUCACGGUGCCCCUGUAUAACGGGGCGGAUGCGGUGUCAUUUAGGCUGAUAGCACCGUCGUUUACGACGCAUUCUUUUGGGAUGAGCCAAAGAAUGGUAGUGAUGAAGGUGGGUACGGUUUCGCAAGUAGCGCGAUUCGCUUAUAACGCAACCGUCAUAGGCCCAUGGACGGCGGAAAUUGCGCCGCCGGGGUAUUAUAUGCUAUUUGUGGUGCACUGUGAGAUACCUAGUUUUGGUGCGUGGGUGAAGCUGCAGUGA